AUGGACAACAGAACAGUCACUUUCAACAUGCUACAACUGGAGGGUGUUGACCUUGCUCCUCAAUUUGUUUACCCAGUGUUUUUCAUUCUGCUUGUUACUUACAUUCUCAUCAUGAUCACCAAUACAGGACUUAUUAUUCUAAUUGCAGUGGAACGGAGUCUUCAUCAGCCCAUGUACCUCUUAUUUUGUAAUCUGUCUUUCAAUGAUAUUAUGGGAAACACUAACAUUCUACCUAGAAUAAUGAUGGACCUUCUCUCAACUGAAAAAUACAUUGGCUAUGUUGAGUGUGUCACUCAGGCUUUCUGUUCUCACAUAUUUGCUUCAGCUGCACAUGCAAUACUAAUGAUCAUGGCUUUCGACAGAUAUGUGGCCAUAUGUAACCCUCUGAGAUAUUCCUCCAUCAUGACCACCAGCAUGGUGGUGAAGUUGUCAGCAUCUGCUUGGGCCUUUUCCUUCUUUAUGGUGUCAAUCCUGCUGGGACUCACCAUUCGACUGACUAGAUGCAGGUCGGUCAUUGUGAAUGCUUAUUGUGACAACGCAUCUCUGUUCAAGCUUUCAUGCCAGGAUGUGUCCAUCAACAACAUUUAUGGUCUUGCUUACACAGCAUUGAUUGCCGGUUUAUCAUUAGUUAUUACAAUCGGAACAUAUUUAAAGAUUUUCACCAUUUGUUUUGUCAAGAAAAGCAAAGAGCUGAACAACAAAGCAAUUCAGACUUGUUGCAGCCACUUAGUGCUCUACAUGAUCAUGCUGUGGUCGGUCUUUCUCAGCUUUAUUUUUCACCGCAUCCAAAUGUACUCAGGCUAUCGAAAAUUGAUGGCUAUUUUGUUUCAUGUCGUCCCAGCAAAUUUGAACCCUGUUAUUUAUGCACUGCAAACAAAAGAACUAAAAAGUAAGGUGAAGAAAAUACUUCAUUCAAGAGUACCUAACAAGUCUAGCCAUAACAGAAUGCCUGAUGAAGAUCCAGCAAGGCAAUUGCUCAGUGGCAGAGUAUUCUUUGGACUUCUGGACUCUAGCCUAGUAGAGCGGCUGGAACUCCUAGCUAGCUUCCGGAACGGGUUUCACCCCUGGAUCCAGGUCACACAGACAGCCGAGCUUGGCUCGCCCAAUACACCCGACGGGGAGGUUCUGGUGGCCCUCCAUGCAAGAAGGCAUCUGGGAGUACGUGGAGGCCUGCGCAACCUGCUCCCAGGCCAGGACCCCAACCCAGAAACCCACUGGGUUUCUGGAACCACUAUCGGUGCCCUCACGACCCUGAUCACAUGUGGCAGUGGACUUCUUGCCCUGGUGACAGCAGAGGCAGACAACAGUUGCAGCAGGACAUCAGUUGGUUCCUCCGUAGUGAUUGUGCCCAUAGGCAGCAUCAGUGGGCCAGGGAUCAUCCAGACCGGCCUGCGCCCCAUCCCAGGGGCGUCCUCCCUCCUAGCUUUGGGUAGCAGGAGCCACCCAUAG